CCGGGGUAAAUAUAAAUAGCAAAGAAAAUAGCUGCUGUAUCCGCCAAUAUAAAAGGGCCAUUGAAGCUCUCCAACAACUUUGCACAUCCCGCAUUCUGGUGAGAACUCCUUCGCACAUCAUGGAAACGAUCAAAAACGUCCUGCACAAGCUUCACCCAGGUGGAGAGGGCCAGGAAGCCGCACUGAAGGAGCCCUCACCCAGUGCUCUCCAGGAGUUGAAGGAGAAAUAUACGAAGGCCGGACAAGAUCAAGUCUUUGCCUUCUACGAUGCCCUCGAAGCUCCGGAAAAGGCUACCCUCUAUGAGCAGCUAUCCUCUUUCGACCCCGAACACAUCAACCGGAUUGCCGACAGGGCCCUCAACCCCCCUAAACCCAAAGAUGACGGCAAGCAAGCUGGCCUCGAGCCGCUUCCCGAGUCUGCCACGGCGAGUAUCCUCGAUUCGAAGCCCGAAGACGUCGAGAAGUGGUACCAGACGGGUCUCGACCUGAUUGCGGAGAACAAGGUGGGCGUUGUGCUUAUGGCUGGAGGCCAAGGAACGAGGCUGGGCAGCUCUGCUCCCAAGGGAUGCUUCAAUAUCGGGCUCCCCUCUGAGAAGUCACUCUUCCAGAUCCAGGCCGAGCGGAUACGCAAGGUGCAACAGUUGGCAAGCAAGAAGGCCGGGCAUGGAGAGGGCAAGCAGGUGGUGGUUCCCUGGUAUGUGAUGACGAGCGGACCCACGAGAGGCCCGACGGAGAAAUACUUCCAGGAGAACAACUACUUUGGGCUGGAGAAGGAGAAUGUCUUUAUUUUUGAACAGGGCGUCCUUCCUUGUAUCUCGAACGAGGGCAAGAUUCUUCUCGAGAGCAAGGGCAAGGUGGCCGUGGCACCAGAUGGAAACGGGGGCAUUUACCAAGCACUUGUUACGUCCAAUGUCAUGCAGGAUAUGCGGAAGCGGGGAAUCCAGCACAUCCACGCCUACUGUGUGGACAACUGCCUCGUCAAGGUUGCCGAUCCCGUCUUCAUUGGCUUCUCGGCUUCCAAAGACGUCGACAUUGCGACGAAGGUCGUCCGUAAACGCAAUGCCACCGAGUCUGUAGGUCUCAUCCUGCUCAAGAACGGACGACCAGACGUCGUCGAAUACUCCGAGAUCGACAAGGAGACUGCGGAGGCCAAGGACGCCAAACAGCCAGACGUUCUGAAGUUCCGCGCUGCCAACAUCGUGAACCACUACUACUCCUUCCGCUUCCUGGAGUCGAUCCCAGACUGGGCGCACAAGCUCCCGCACCACGUGGCCCGGAAGAAGAUCCCAUACGUCAAUACGUCGACGGGCGAGACCAUCAAGCCGGAGAAGCCGAACGGUAUCAAGCUCGAGCAGUUUGUCUUCGAUGUCUUCCCCAUGCUGGAGCUGAGCAAGUUUGCCUGCAUGGAAGUGAAGCGCGAGGAUGAGUUCUCGCCGUUGAAGAACGCUAAGGGCACCGGGGAGGAUGACCCAGAUACGAGCAAGAGGGAUAUCAUGCAGCAGGGCAAGCGGUGGGCGCAAGCUGCCGGCGCAACUAUUGUCAGUGAGGGCGAGAGUGACGGGGUCGAGGUCUCGCCGCUAAUCAGCUAUGGCGGAGAAGGACUAGAGAAUCUGAAGGGCAAGACCAUCACAGCCCCUGCAGUGUUGGAGAAGCAGUGGGAUUAGGGACAUGAGAUGAUGCUUGAGACAACGUUCCUGUAUUAUUAGAUGAGAGCCGCAUGUUCGUUCUACGAUUUCAUUCCAAAAGUGGAUUUCCAGGCAAGCAUGACCAAAGUAAUAGCACUGUUGCUGACAUCUCUAAAAUUCCCAAGUAAAUAGCCCCAAAGUCCCCUUGGGAAAGUCACUGCCACAUAACCUACCUGUAUAUAGCACCUCUCCCCAAGCCUACAGUGAUAUUCUGAAGCUUCUCCAAC